CACAUCUUCUUCUUCUCUGUCUCUCAUUCUUAAAUCAAAGCAGUAGCCUCUCCCUCCUCCUGCUCUUGACAUAGCCAGCCAUGAGGAUGAGGUCCAUGAGCAACAUUCUUCUGAACUCAACCUGUCAAACAGAAGAGAAAGAGGUAGAGAGAGAAGAGAGAUAGAUGGCAGUAGUCUGAGAGAAUAGAACAGAAGAAGAAAGAAGAGAAAAAUUAAGGAAAGGAGAGCUCUGUGUAAGGCCUGCAUCUACGUGUUUGCUUUCUCUCUUUGGCUGGGUGUGUUCUUGGUGCCAGAGCUAGGCUGGUUCAUUGUGUUCUGUUACUGUGCUGCUCUGCCAUGGAGUGAGUCAAGAGGCCUCGUGCGUUCAUCUCCGUUUCUUGGGGUGUUUCCUCAGCAAGAACCCAAGAAAAUGCCGUCCAGGAUGAUGCAGGCGUUCGCGCAGGAGGCGUCGGACUUGGACCGGCAGAUGGGCUGCAUGGCCGGCGUGUUCCAGAUCUUCGACCGCCGCCGCCUUCUCACCGCGCGCCAACGUGGCGGCCACCGAUCCCGAGGCACGCCGCCACCAGGCCAUGAUUUGCCAAACAGCAACAGCAAUGUCUCGGUUCAGAACCCAUCUGCUUCAAACAUCACUCUGGACAAAACCUUCAGCAGAAGUAUGACCGAGAACAGCAGCCUCUCGAUGGAGUCAUCAUCGCGGGCAUCUUCUUCUUCCUCGUCACGCUCUUCGUUCUCAUCGACUGACAUCAUCAACAAACCAGUGCAACAGCAGCAGCUCUCCUACAUCAGUGAAGAUCGCUUUGUGGGCAAGCCACCAAGAAGCUGCUCACAAAGUGUGAAGUGUGGCUUCAGAGACAUUGUGAAGGGGUCCAUCAACCGGGAACCCCAUGGCCUGGCCAUCAAGACGUCGGCGAAGGAGUCUAGAAAAGGGUUGCACAAGGACUCGCCAAGGCCGUUGCUCAUCUCCAAGUCAUCAGAUGGAACCUACGUGAUCGGGAUCGACAGGAGCACCGGAUCAGUUCCUGCGAAUUCUCACGAAUCCAGCAGGCCGCCGCGCUUCUCGUGCGACGAUCGACAGCUCCUGCGGCCGGUUGAGGUUGAGGCUCAGGACAGCAAGAAGCCUCCAGCAAAGCUCAGGGAGCUUCCCAGGCUUUCCUUGGAUAGUAGAAAGGAGUCCAUGAACCCACGAUCACGUCAUCACACGAACUCUGGUUACGUGAGAGCUGAUGACAACCUCCUGGAUGCUUUGAAGCACCAGGAAUCGCCGAGCCAUCAACGGGCCAGCAGUGUGGUCGCCAAGCUCAUGGGGUUGGAAGGAAAUCUUGACGUCCAUGAGCCGUCAAGGCCACCCAGACCUGUCCAUGACACACAAAACGAUCGGUCGUCACACUACCACAGGAGCAGCAAGAGCCAAGAUCAGAGCGCCUCACUGCAGAGUAGCCACUCUCCAGUACUGAAAACCAAUCCUUCUCCAAGAGUUCUCACUGAGGCAGCCCCCUGGAGGCAGAACGAGAGAGCUGCAGCAGGACAUGAAGCUGAAGUGAGGCCAAGAAGCGCAUCCAUCUACGCUGACAUACAGAGAAGACUCAGAGGCCUGGAGUUGUCAGAGUGCAACAAGGAACUGAGGGCUCUCAGGAUACUGAGCACAUUGCACAAAAAGGAUAGCCCAGGCCAGAGCGACAGCAAUCCUCAACUAACAGCCAUCCAAAAGGAAGCCUCUGAACAGAUCAUUGAUUCUGAAAAGUUCCAGUCUCCAAUUGUGAUCAUGAAACCAGCAAGAUGCAUCACAAAACCUGAUGCUUCGCAUACUUCGGUUGCUCCCCUUUCAAGGCCAAAAGGCACAAGGAGGCCACGGCAAGAAGAGACAUCUUUCACCAGGAGGAAUGAAAACAGUGUUAGCAAGAGAAAUCAUUCUCCAAAGGGAAGUGCUCAUUCCAAUGGCGAUGAACCUGUUAAUUCUGCAAGAUCACCAAGGCUUUCUAGUCCAUUGAGCCCAAGGCUGGCGCCGAAGAAGGCAGACUCUGAAAGGAGAUCCCGUCCACUGGUUUUGCCAAUGUCACCAGGCAAGAAAUCCAAAGAAACAGCGUCGCCAAGGGGCAGGCUAAGAUCAAGACACUCACAAGCAAAGAGCAUCUCUGAUGACGACGAUGUGUCGCAGAUGUCUGAAACUAAAAUCAGCUUGGCAAAGCAGAUUGAUAUAGGUGUCAUUGAUCAUCCGAAUCCUCUGAAUGCCAACUCCUCAUAUAUCCAUCAAAGAAACUUAGCUUCAGCAGCCAGUUGUGAGGAAAUGCCUACAGUUCUACCUGCAGACAAGAAGAUGAUCCAUCCACAGGAGAACAUUCCCAGUCCUGUAUCAGUUCUUGAUGCAACAUUCUAUCAUGAAAGGUCAUCACCUUCUCUUAAGAGAAUCUCAGAUUCCUUCAAAGACGGUGAGACGCAUACGUCAGAUGAGAGUUGGAACCCAACAAGCCUCCCUGAUACACCACCUUCAAAGACAAGCAACGAGUGCAACCAGAUAAAGCCAGAAAACAUGAAAGCCCUCAUCCAAAAGCUCGAGCUCCUGCAAAUGUUGAGUGAGGAAGCUCUGAAAACCGAUGAGACAUUUUCAUCAGUUGCUGCCAAUAAAGAUCACCAGUACCUCCACGAGAUACUUUCAGCAUCCGGGCUCCUACACAACAAACUAAAUUUUCAAAUGAUGCCUCAUCAGUUGCGACCAUCAAGUUACCCGAUUAAUCCAGAGCUUUUCCUCAUCCUUGAACAAGCAAAACCAGAUGGAGAGAAGCUCCACCGUAGGCUCAUAUUUGAUCUUGCAAAUGAGCUCCUCGCCCAGCAAAUGGAUGCCAACCACACUGCGAAUUCAUCAGUGCCGUUCUUUCAGUCAAAGAAGUUAAGUGGGUGGCAACUUUUCAAGGACUUGUGUGCAGAGAUUGACAGGGUCCAGUCCGAGUCAUCAAUGAUAAGGUGCUCUGAAGAAGAAGAUAGCAGGCUAGCAGAUGAUGCAGUGCAAGGCAUGAAAGAAUGGAAGAGUUUGGAUAGUGAACUGCAAGGAAUUGUUUUGGCCAUUGAAAAAUACAUCUUUAAAGAUCUUAUUGAUGAGAUAGUUAGUGGAGAAGACAAAGAGAAGGUGCACCUGACGCAAUGGAAGCUAAGGAGGCAGUUAUCUUUCAUCAGCAUAUAGGACAAACUGCUGCUCUUAGGAAGCUUAGCUAAUGGUACCUGUAACAGAUUCAAGUUUUUCUUUUCUUUUUUUGCGGAAUGUAACAUUUUAAGCUGGUUAUAGAAUGUAUGAGUUGACUGACAUAUAUAGAUCUAUGUGAGCAAGCAAGCAACAACGCUGAGAUGUUGACAUAAGAAGCCAAAAUAAAAGGUCCCCAAA